CAGUACAACACGACCCAUUCGACAACUUACCAAUAAGAGUCAGUCCAGUAGUCCACAACCCAUCUUCAGCUUCUACUUGCAGCAUGAACAAGAAGAUUGACCAAAUAAAAAGCUUCAAAGGAGGCAAAAGGACUAAUAUAAAUUAGUACAUAGCAGUGAAAUUGAAGGUAAUUCGUUUGCCAGGGAAAUCAAUUCUCAAAAUUUCCCCAAAAUUUUGGUCAACUUAGUUUUUUCCUCAUUCAGGGCUUCCAUAAAGGAAUUUCCAGUAUAGAGAUCAUUGUUUUGUAGGUGGUCUGACACUGUAUGAUAAUCAUAUUUUCUGCAGUUCCACCACAUGGAUGAUCAUCAGGAAAUGGAAAGGUUUGGGAUGGAGAACGAUUUUGAAGAUGGUCAGUGGAUCGGUGGCGAGUUCUACUACCGGAAGCGCAAAGAAAAGAAGCAUGUUCAAACCAAAGAUGAUGUCCUCUAUGGUGUUUUUGCUUCCGACGAUAGUGACUCUGACUACGAGGGAUCCUCCAAGAAGCGGAAAAAAGGCCUUUCCACGAAGGCUGACCUCACCAAACCUGUCAACUUUGUUUCAACUGGAACUGUCAUGCCCGACCAAGAAAUAGAUCGCAAUUUCAAAGAGGAGAAGAACCAGAAAAUGUCCGAAGAGAGCAAAGGUUUGGGAUCUGGAGCAUCUGUUGGCCUUGGAUUUGGUACUAGUUCCUCGAAGAAUAUUGCUGCUGAUGAAUACACCAAAACACAGGCCCAGGUUGAAAUUGAAGAGGAAAACUUUCUGCCCACUGCUUUUGGGAGGAAGAUUAAAGAAGGUGCCCUAAGACGUGAGAAGGAAAGGGAAAAGGAGAAGUCUAUGUUGGCCAAGAAAUCUUCUGAAUCAGGGAGAAGGGAACCUGGUGGUGAUGUUGGUGGCUUUGAGAAGCAUACCAAGGGGAUUGGGAUGAAGUUGCUUGAGAAGAUGGGUUAUAAGGGAGGUGGGUUGGGAAAAAAUGAGCAAGGAAUUUUGGCUCCGGUCGAGGCAAAGCUUAGGCCCAAGAAUAUGGGAAUGGGCUUCAACGACUAUAAGGAGACUAGUGCACCAACUCUUCAAGAAUCAGAGGGAAAGCCUGUUGCUCGUCCUGCUCAACCUGUGGAAGGCCACUCAAAAGAGAAGCUUUGGUCAAAGCAAGCUAAAAAACUGAAGAAGGUUUACAUUACAGCUGAAGAGUUGUUAGCCAAAAAGCAGGAGCAGGGCCUGGAAGUUGUUCAGAAGGUCUUUGAUAUGAGGGGUCCACAGGUUCGAGUCUUGACGAAUCUGGAGAACUUGAACGCUGAAGAUAAAGCAAGGGAAAAUGAUGUUCCAAUGCCUGAACUUCAGCAUAAUAUUAGGUUGAUUGUGGAUUUGGCGAACUNCCUUGAUCAGUUCUAUUGGGUCCGUACUUGGGCUACUGCUAUUCCCAUCCAUCACAUGCUUCCAAUACUGGAUAUAUUCUUCAACAAGUGGGAAGUAGUUUUGUAUCACUGGUUAUGCUCAAAAAACCCGAACUUUGAAGAAGUGACAAAAUGGUAUUUGGGUUGGAAGGUACUCAUUCCACCUGAACUUCUGGCAAAUGAACACGUUCGCUAUCGACUUAAUGUCGGUCUAGACAUGAUGAACCAGGCUGUUGAAGGUUCAGAGGUGGCUGAACCUGGUCUGAGGGAGAACAUAAGUUAUCUUAGGGUUCUUGAACAAAGGCAGUUUGAGACUCAGAAAAAAGCAGCAGCGCAAUCUCAAUCCCGUCCUUCUGUGGGCUCGAACAGUGGAAUCCAAAUGGACGGUACAGGUGGCGGGGAUGAGAUGAACUUGAAAAGAGUUAUUGAAGUUUAUGCACAACAGAAUGAUUUGUUGUUCCAGCUUAAGCCCGGGCGAAUGCAAGAUGGUCAUCAGAUAUAUGGUUUUGGUAAAAUCAGCAUUAUUAUAGAUUCUCUCAAUCAGAAGGUAUUUGCACAAGUAGAGGACAGGUGGUCUUUGGUGUCACUUGAGCAGCUGUUGGACCUGCAAAAGUCAAAGAGCCGAUAAGCAUCUUAAGUUCUUGAAUUUCUCAGUACGAAAGCAACUCCAAGUAAUGUGUAGGCUUCACGUACCUUUCUGCACUGGGAUCUUUCAUUGUGCUGCAGCAAGUCAUGAGAAGAUGAAGUGCUUCUUUUCUCCCUAGUGGCAUUUUACUGCUUCUUUAGUGAGAUUUUAAGUUGUAAGUUUCCUUCGUCCUACAUUGGCAUUUGGCAAAAUCACUAGAAAUGAGAGAGACGUGAGUGUCAGUCUUUCUGGCUCAGAUAGCAGCCCUUCAAAUUUUUUACAUAGAUUUCAUAUUGUAUUUAUUCGUGAAUUUCUUUAUAUAGAAGCACUACAUGUUCAAUAUCUAUUUAA